GAGCGUGAGCGGCGGGCACGAGGCGGGCAGGCCCGCACCCGGGCUGCAAGGCAGGCAGGGCGGGGUGGGCGCCGACGCCCCUCGGCGCUACUCCGCACCCGGCGCUGCAGGAAACGCGCGCUGAUUGACAGCUGCGCUAUCCCAAAAAGGCAAGGCGAAGAUGCUGAUCGGCUGGUGGGACUAGACGCGCGGCCGGCGUGCCGGGUGCCCGCUCCCCUCUGCGCGCCUCCUGAGCCCCGCCGCCUCCCGGCUGCUCAGGCGGAGGCCCCCGGCGGCGCGCCAGGCCCCGCGGCCCCGGCUGGCGGGCGCUCGCCCGGCUCACCAUGCACUGCCACGCGGAGCUGAGGCUGAGCUCGCCCGGCCAGCUCAAAGCAGCCAGGCGGCGCUACAAGACUUUCAUGAUCGACGAGAUCCUCUCCAAGGAGACCUGCGACUACUUUGAGAAACUUUCCCUCUACUCCGUGUGCCCAUCGCUGGUCGUGCGACCCAAACCCCUGCAUUCCUGCCCGGAUGACAAAACUGAGGCCCAGAGAUAUAAAAUGAUUUACAAAGGCCCCACUUCCCUCCGGGCAUAUCCCCUCCUCUCGGUGAUCACCCGACAGCCCGCAGUCAUCUCCCACCUGGUCCCUGCCACCCCAGGAAUUGCCCAGGCACUGCCCCACCACCCAGCUGCCGAGGCUGCCUCCACUGAGGCCCCGGGGGCUGAGGUUCUGGGCAGCAGCGAGUCGGAGACGGAGCAGCCGACGCCCCGGCAGAAGAAGCCCCGCCGGAGCCGUACCAUCUUCACCGAGCUUCAGCUCAUGGGCCUAGAGAAGAAAUUUCAGAAGCAGAAGUACUUGUCUACCCCAGACAGGUUGGACCUGGCCCAGUCACUGGGGCUUACUCAACUGCAGGUAAAGACUUGGUAUCAGAAUCGCAGGAUGAAAUGGAAGAAAAUGGUUCUUAAAGGUGGGCAAGAAGCCCCUACAAAACCCAAAGGCCGCCCCAAGAAGAACUCCAUCCCCACCUCAGAAGAGAUUGAAGCUGAAGAGAAAAUGAACAGCCAGGCCCAGAGCCAGGAGCUCCUCUCACCAUCCCAGGAGCAGGAGGCGCCCUGUGACCCUCAGGAGCCCCCCGGCCAGCCCCAGGCAUUGCCAGUAGCCCCUGUGGAGCCCCCACCAUCAAGCUAAAAUAAAACUCUUUGGGUUCAGGGGGCAUCCGGGAAGCAGGGGUAGAGAAGGCAGGGAAAAUAGGGAGAGAACAGCUUCCAAAGCCCGGUAUACAGGGUGGAGAGGUCCACCGUCUCCCUCCCGCCAUGGGUGUCAGUGGCGUUUUCAUCACAAGCGUUUGAGGGUGACUUGUUUGCCUUAGGCCUUUCUCUUCCUGGGAGGCAGCUUUCGCCACGGGAUGCCCUUGAUGAAGGGAGACAGUGCCUUGGAUCUGCCUGUGCAGCCGGGGUGACAGCCGUAGGCUGGGCACGAGAAGCCGUCCGUGCGGCGGGCCCCACCCUGGUGCGGAGGAGGGUGGCUCCAGCCCUCUCCCGGCCCGCCUCUGGGCAGCCAGUCAGCAAAGCAGGGAGACGCGGAGGGGCCCAGGCCGUGCGCCUGGGUUCCUUGCUGACUCAGCACUUAUUUCCGUAGCUUUCAGAGAAUUUACUGUUUGGGGUUGGUUUUUUUCGCGGGGGGGUGGGAGUUGGUAAGGGCAGGCAAAAAAAAGAGUUGGGGGAAGGGAGUUCUGCGUUAUUGGAAUUCUUUCUGAAUAAAAUUAGUUUGUUUGAAGACACGUGUGCCUUUGUACCCAUGGUAGGACGGUCGGGUGACCCAGGAGCCACUAGGCCUUGUUUUUCUCGCUUCAUUAAUGCCAUCCCUGAAGAUGCAAUGCAGAUGUGUUAAGAUAACUAUUAUUUUUUAAUGAAAAAUAAAUCUUUCGAAAGGA